AUGUCCUAUCCAACAAUUCGCUAUUCGCUCGCAGAUGUUGUGAAGUGCAACGGCAAAAACGGAGCGAGAACAUGGAUCGUCGUCCAUGACAACAUUUACGAUGUAACGGAUUAUAUGCAACAGCAUCCUGGUGGUCCAGAAAUAAUCGACGAAUAUGCAGGAAAAGACGCAACGAGUGGAUUUGAUGAAUUCAGACAUUCUUCAGAUGCGACAAAGAUACUUAAAAAGUAUUUGAUCGGUGAACUUAAAGACGAGGAUAAAAGAGGUAACAGAAUGAAGAAGCAGUAUGCGACUAACGGAAUAAAAAUGAAAGGAAUGGGGGGGGAUAAUCAAAAACAAAGGCCCUUCUUAAGGAUGAUCUGCGGUAAAUGUAUACGUUAA